AAAAACUAACAACACCAAAAAUAUUUCACGAGAUCAAAUAAAUAAACUUGUAAUCUACAAAAAUAAGAUACUUAGUUUUAAUUACAUUAUCAUUUGAGAGUUUCUAAAAGAAAAUUACAGGAUAUUCAAUUAUCAAUAUAAUCUGUAUAAAUUUCACCAUGUCAGAAACAGAUGUUCUAAAAAUGAAGGUUGCUGAUUUGAAGAGAGAACUUAAACUACGAGGCUUAUCUAUAACCGGGAACAAAACUGAACUUCAAGAACGAUUACAGUCUGCUCUAUUAGAUGGCGAUUUAUCGUUAGAGGAUACAGCAAUAUCAGAAGACGUUCUAUUAGAUGAAGAUGGUUUAACUGACGAAGAAGUGCCUGUUUCACCAAUUCCAGAAGAAAACUCAACUCCAAAUCUUGAAAAUAAACAUGAAAACGUAUUAUCCUCAACAGCUACAAUAGAAAAAGAAGGAAGUGAUAAUCAACCAAAAAAAACAGUUGUGCUAAAACGAAAGCUUAUCACGUUGUCCGAAUCAAAUAUUUCGUCGGAUGAAAAUCAAACAAUCCAAUCUACUUCUGAAGAACCUUCAGAAAAAGAAGCAAAAAUUGAGAUAACAGCUGACGUAGUCAAUAAUGAAAAUAACACACAAGUACACGAAAAACGAACUUUAAAAGUGAAAGAAUUGACGACCAGAGAGCGUAUGGAAAUGAGGGCGAAAAAAUUCGGAGUUUCAUCUUCUAUUCCGUCACUUAGUGAGCUUGGAAAUAAAAAAAUUCAUCAUGAAAAAAUCAAUAUGUCCGAUCCUAAAACAAUUGAAGCUUUAAAAAAGCGAGCUGAACGUUUUGGAAUAAUAACAGCACCGCAAAUCAGCGCAAUUGAAAAAGAAGAAAAACUGCAAAAACGUAAGGAACGGUUUGGUUUGGCUUCAGAUGAUAAAAAUGCUACAAAUAAGGUAAUUACAAAUAACCCUGACUACGCAGAGAAGGCUAGACUAAGACUUGAAAGAUUCAAGACGACAGCAACAAACUAAGAUCAUAAAGUUAUGCAAACGAAUUGAAACCUUUUUUUUAUUUACUUAUUUGAAAAUUAAUAUAAAAGUACUAUACUAAUAAAAAAAAUUAACAUUAAAGAAAAUAAAAUGAAUUAAAUCCUUAGAAAAAGAAAAACUUCAAA